AUGCAUACCGCCACGCAUGUGCUCAGAGCUCUCCUCCUCGGGCUCUGCCUCACCAUGGCCCAGGCCAAGCUCUCCUCUCCUGCUGCAGCUGUAGUGUCUAAAGAUAUGCACCACCAGCCAGGAAGGAUGAAUGCCCAUGACCUCAGUGUGUUCGUGAAGCAAACCUUGCAAGCACAACUGAAGGGCGUGAAGAAGGUUGUGAGAGGUAGAAUGACAGCAAGCCACUCCUCUCACAUCCAGCACCAUGCAGCCUCCCUCAGGAGCACGGGAGAGUCUGAUUCCAUGUCCAACAUGACUGAUUGUGAGAAGGCAAUUACCAUCGCACUCAGUACCGAACUUGCUCAUUGUAUCAGUUUUCUCGAUGACAACAGUACGGUAGUGCCCAAUGCAACCGUCUUGGAUGGAGUCUGCGCCCCUCCCAAUGGUUGCUUGUCACUCCUCCACAACUUCUCGCUCCCCAACUCGAUGAACGCGUCGUGUCCGGCAAACAUGACUUCGGAAUCGAUUAUGCAGACGCCCAUUGCCAUGGCAAUUCAACAAGCGAUGUCCCUCCUAUGUCUCAAGUCCAAUGGCGUAUACUGCACACUUCAGAUGUACGAGCUGAUGAGCGCAUCCCAAACAGGGCAAAUGGACUUCAACCUUCCGCUACUUUGCUCCUCGUCUUGUUUCAACAGCAUGAUCACCAUGAUGAUGUCAACCCCAGGUCUCGGGCAGUCUUCCGAUGACAGUUCACCGCAAUUAUUGCAGUUGGCGUUCAGCACCAUGUGUAUGCAAGACUCAAAGGGCGACUACUGUCUCUCCAAGAUGAUGUCAGAUGAUAUCAAUACAGCGUUCCUAUGCACGGAGUGUGGAGCGAAGAUCCUCUCCUCCCCGUUCAUCCAAGAAUCUUUCUCAAGCGUAAUCAGCGAUCCCACGGAGUUGGCUAAGUUCAACAGCAUGAUGAAAGCAUUGUGCAUGAAAGAUGGGACUCAGUUCUGCCUCGAAAAGCAGGAUGCUUUGAAUCAAAUUAUGGAUUCGGGACCGCAAGCGAUAUCCCAAGCCAAGACCAUGGGCUGCUGCGUGGGAUCGCUCCUGCAAACGGAGCCAGCGAUCGAAGGCCCCGUGCUGGCCAUCGCUAAGGCUUGCGGAUUGACUGUCCCUUCACCAUGUCAAGCAGGUCCGCGGUUUACCUUUACAGUGGACGUGAGCAAUCUCAAGAACUCCUGGUACGCUGCAAACACUCAGCUGGUCGAUACCUACCUCAUACAAGACCUAGCAAGCGGGCUGAGCGUCUACACCAACAUGGUUCAAAAGAAGUCGUCGAGCAGCACUUCGAAUGGAGGAACUCAGUUUGGAAUGCAGAUCGACACGAUCUCCAAGGAUCAGGGCACUCUCGUGUACGACAAGCUGAAGGCUAUGCAAAUGAGAAGGGCCCAAGGGCUGCAGCUAACUCAAUUAGCAAGCAAGCUUCCGGACACUGCGAAAGUUGACCCCUCGCUACCCUUGUCGUUGACAGUGAGGGCAGGCAGCAUUGAGCAGACAGAGGUUGGAGGAGUGCCAGCGGUCCCGCAAACAACUCCUCUUACAGGCGGGAGCAGCUGCCUCACCCCUUCAAUCAUCCUCCACCUGCUCGGAGCCUUCAUGGCAUUCACUUGGGGGUUGAGGCGCGCUUAA